GUGGUGGCUUGGAUUUGGGUGUGGAGGGAAAACAGGGCGCUCGCAUCGGAGGGCGCUGUGGGAGGCUGUCGCUAACCUCCAUAGCUAUUGGUAAUUAAUCGCCGAUAAAGGACCUAUGCCAUUGCUUAUGCAAUCAGGAUGGCUUCCAAUGGUGUUGCCUUCCCUGUCGGCCGCCGAUGGCCUACCUAGGGGAGUGCAGCUCAAGGUAUCUCGCACGGGGUGCAUUCGCGAUCGUAAAUCGAUUUGCUUCGCGCCACUAAGGCUUCGAUUGAAACUGACAAGAUCACACCAAGCCCGCUGAAUCCUCUCCUUAGCACACCAAUACACAUUCACACUCUAAGUUACGCAUCUCAUGGCGGAUGCACAUAGCGGCAGUCCAACAAUGGCAACAUCCAACUCGUCCUCCUCUGAGCAGGAGAAGCCACCAUCACAUCUCCAUGACCCGUCGUCUCUUGACGGUAACCAGUCGCCUAGCGAUGUAAUUAUAGAUGGUGGCCCUGUCGACGAAUACCCAAAGGGCUUCCGCCUCGUUCUUCUUGCUGGCGCGUCUAUCAUGGGUGUCUUUUUAAUAUCUCUAGAUCAGACCGUCGUCGGAACCGCGAUUCCCAAAAUCACCUCCGAGUUCAAUGGCCUCAAAGACGUAUCCUGGUACAGCGCGGCGUACUUCAUGACGUUUGGCGGCCUCGAGGCCUCUUGGGGCAAAGCCUUCAAAUACUUUGACAUCAAGUGGACGUUUAUCGCAUCCUUGGUCAUCUUCGAGAUUGGUAGUUUAAUCUGCGGCAUUGCACCGACUUCCGCUGCACUGAUUAUUGGGCGAGCCAUUGCCGGCGUGGGCGCUGCAGGCAUCUCGGUGGGCGGCACCAGCAUUGUCGCAUUCAGCGCGCCUCCUAAGAAACGGCCGAUUCUUAUGGGGUUCAUUGGUUUAACAUAUGGUCUGGCCUCGGUUCUAGGUCCUCUGAUUGGCGGCGCGUUUACGGAUCGCGUUACCUGGCGCUGGUGCUUCUACAUCAACCUGCCCAUUGGAGCGCUCGGCGCAGCCAUCGUCCUCAUCUUCUUCCACCUUCCAGCAGCAGCCAGGCCGCCACCAAUCAGCAUUUCGAAGAAACUUCUGCACCUGGACCCCGUCGGCAUUUGUCUCACAAUGGCAGCCAUCAUCUGCUUUGUGCUGGGCCUUCAGUACGGUGGCACCCUGUAUCCCUGGAAGAGCAAGGAGGUUAUAGGUCUAUUGGUCGGCUUUGGUCUUCUCAUCAUUGCCCUAAUCCUGUGGUCUCUCUGGAUGGGCGAAUAUGCCAUGAUGAUUCCCCGGCUCUUCAAAAAGCGGGAACUCUGGAGUGUCUGCCCGUAUCAGUUCUUUUUCCUCGGCGAUCUUCUCCUGCUCCUCUACUAUCUUCCUAUAUACUUUCAGUCUAUCAAGGGUGCGACCCCUAUCGAAUCUGGCAUCAACAAUCUACCAAUCGUUAUAGCUGUCGCCAUCUUCUGCGUCCUAGGUGGCCUCUUUGUAGCCAAGACUGGAUAUCCAACGCCCCCCAUGUUUUUCGGCGGCUUGAUUGGCACGAUUACCUGCGGCUUAUUCUAUACGCUCGAUAUAGACACUGAACCUGCCAAGUGGAUUGGCUACCAAAUUCUCGCAGGAUCCGUCAUUGCCUUUUCCGUCCAAAAUGGACUGAAUAUUGUGCAAUCCAGCGUGGACGCUGAAGAUCUUCCAGCCGUGACAGCUUGUCUCUACUUCUUCCAGACAGUAGGUGGUGCCUUUACCAUUUCUUCUGCUCAAGCGGCCUUUGUCAACCAGAUGCUUUCCAAGCUUGCAGAGUCCGCCCCCGGUGUCCCUGGCCAAAAGGUCAUUGACACAGGCGCCUCGGACCUCCGAAAUGUAUUUUCUGCUGAAGAAUUACCCGGUGUCAUUAUCGCGUACAUGCACGGACUCAAGGCGGCCUUUGCCGUCUCCAUUGCUUUCUGUUUCAUUGCCUUUGCAGCUACUUGGUUUACCCCCUGGAGACGACUUGCGACGCAUGCGCCGGCCGCGGAGGACGGCGAUGAAAGAGGUGAAAAAAGAACAGUCAUUAUGCCGAUGUAAAUUGAGUGGCAUUGCUUGUGGGUUAUACUUAUUAGUUGCUAUAUCAGUGAGAUAGUAAUAAGAUUGGAA